ACAAUGAGCUCAUUAACACGGUCGAAGUCACUUCGCAAGGACUGCUCACAUCCGAUUAGCUCACAAGGAAGGGAGAUUAUUCUGCAGUGUUUUGAAAACCCGCAUUCCGAAUUCGGUAAUAAGGUAUUGCAACGAAUAUUCGAAAAACGUGUUGAUUAUCAAAAGUACGUGUAUGCAUUGGGUAAAGAGCGAGCGUAUCAGAUGAGUGUUCGACUUAAGGAUCUCGUGGAAGAAGUCGUUUCUAAGAUUUUCGAUCCAGAUUAUAUUUGUGAGGUUUCACGGGCUUACGGUGAAGAGCAUGUAGAAUUGAAGACGUACGGUUUCAAACCGGAUUUCUGGGUUACUAUCGCUGAUGCUAUUACAGUUGAGGGUGUGAUUCUGGACAUGGCAAAUCAUCAGCCCGCCGACACGGUAGCGGCUUGGUCGCAACUGGUUGCGAUGAUGUUCUCGGCAGUUCGUGAUGGCUACUAUUCGGCGCUUCGACGACAUCGGAUGUCAUCUAAGCGCUGUCUUCAGCGACAAGCGACUCAGGAAAGUCGUGACAGUGAGAGUGUACGUUUGUUAACGUUAUUAUUACUUAACCCUUUUAUUCACUGCCUUUUUCUUUUUAAUGGCAGGAUCGUUGAAGUGUUUUCAAAUCAAUCUGAAACGGGUGAACCACGUAAACCAGCUAUUCGAAGCGUUUCCAUGUAUGCGGGAUCAUCGCAAAACGGCAUGACAGCGAGAAGAACGAAUGGUUCUGUGAAUGUCAUGGCUCCAGUGAGCAGUCGUGAACGAGCUGCUCUACUGGAAGCGCGAAGCAUGAACGGUUCCAUGCGAAUUAGUAGAACACAGGAAAGAACGGAUACGAUCGGCGGUGCGACAACACCAUCCGGCAUGUCAUCAAAUCGCCCACGGCCAAUAUUCGAAUGA